GUGAAAUUGUCAUUGGCGGCGAAACAUUAUUGACUAAUGAAAGUACAUAGGGACAUUAACGUAAUUUCGCAUGGAGCCUACCGAACACAUCAUCAGAUUCCUCGCUGCACAGUUGACAGUCCACAACAUAUGAACUCAUCUUCCCUCUAUUCCUCCUCCGAUCGAUCCUAUCCUACUUUUCAUUUUUAUUUUCAACAAUCUACCCCCAAUUCUAUCGUAACAAUCCACAUACGAGAUGUCAGAACUCGCUGAGAAAUCUCGCCGGAGUUAGUUUCUAGCUCCGGGGUGAUACACAACUCCGAUUGUCACUUUGGUACACUAAAUUCAACCAAAAAGUUAUUUGAUCAAGCUGAUUAAAUGGGAGGAAACAUAUGAUCCAUUUCAAAGAUUUUGAAGUCCUUUUGCAAUGGUGAAGGCAUCAGGUUAUCUAAAGUUGACUGGUGGUUCUUAUGGUAAAAAUCAAGCAUCAUUAUCAGAUCAAGAAAGAAACUUUCAGUCUGUAACGACCAAGGAUUCAAAUGAUAUUCAUCUUGGUAGUGGGACCCACACAUUACACUCCAACCAAGAAGGAAGUUCAAGUCCCAUCUCUGUAAAUCAAGAAAAAACUAUAGCCACUUCAGAGCAAAAUCCUUCUCCAAAAGAAGGAAAUAUUGUUGUCAAUGUAUUAUCAAAGUCACCUGAAAAACCUACAGUUGAUGGCUUUAACUGGAGAAAAUAUGGUCAAAAACUAGUAAGAGAUAAUGCAUUUGUAAGAAGCUACUACAAAUGUACAUAUGCAAAAUGUCCAGCUAGAAAACAAGUUGAACAUUCACAUGAUGGACAUAUCAAAGAGAUAAAUUACUUAUGCAAGCAUGAACAUCCAAAACCUAACCAUUCAUCUUUCACAUCUGAAACUUUGAAUGAGAAUUUUGUGGAAUUUGAAAUGUUGCAGACUAAUGAAACAGAAAUUGGGGAUGACAAUAAUGCGCCACAACUGAAAAAACAGAAGAAAGAGAGUGAUAAUGUUGUGACAAAGACAAAUUAUGAGCCACGUGUAGUUGUUGAGACUAAAAGUGUGGUUGAUAUUGUGAAUGAUGGAUACAGAUGGCGGAAAUAUGGGCAGAAAAUGGUUAAAAACAGUCCUUAUCCAAGGAGUUACUAUCGGUGUUCAAAUGCUGGGUGCCCAGUGAAGAAGCAUGUAGAGAGAGCAUCACAUGAUGAAAAAGUGGUGAUUACAACUUAUGAGGGACGCCAUGAUCAUGACAUGCCUUCUGGAAUCAGAAAUGUUACACAAAACAUGAAGGAAAAUAACAAUGGCACAAUGGAUGAUGAUGGUAAUCAUGAUCAUGAUAAUAAUAAUAAUAAUAAUAAUAAUGAUAAUGAUGAUGAUGAUGAUCCACAACCACAAGCGAAAACAAAUGAAAGUAAAGGUGGAUGUUCUGAAGUUGGAUCAUGUCCUCUCUAA